GGGAGGAGAGAAACACACAGACACACACACGCACACACACGCACACAAAUUGAGCCUCAUCUAUCGCAGUGGGUCACUUAAUCUGAGCCAUUUGGAGCGGGAGGCGACCCGGAGCGCACAGGAGCCGCAGCCAGGGAUCAGAUCAUCACAAUAAAGAUCAGCGGUGAUAAUCACACAGAGCAGCAGCAGCAGCACAUUGCUCCACACAGGGAACACACACACACACACUGACAGACACACACGCUCAGACACGGAAGAGAGUUGAGUGAGAGAGGAGGCUGAGCGAGCGGAGGACGCACGGAAAAGUUCAACUUCUUCCUCUCGCCGGAUCGUUUUGGUUUAGAGCCCCGAGCAGCGAGGACCGGGAGGUGAAGACCGAACCAGGCUGGAGAAGAUGCCGCGGGUAGUUCCGGACCAGAGGAGCAAGUUUGAGAAUGAGGAGUUUUUCCGCAAGUUGAGCAGGGAGUGUGAGAUUAAAUACACUGGGUUCAGAGACAGGCCCCACGAGGAGAGACAAGCUCGCUUCCAGAACGCCUGCAGGGACGGACGCUCAGAAAUAGCCUUUGUAGCUACAGGCACCAACCUCUCUCUCCAGUUCUUUCCAGCCAACGUGCAUGGAGACCAGCGACAGGUUCCUACGAGGGAAUAUGUCGACUUUGAAAGAGAGACUGGAAAGGUGUCAGACAAAGACAAAAAGAAUGCGCGUGUCUAUUUAAAAGCACCUAUGAUCUUGAAUGGGGUGUGUGUGAUGUGGAGGGGCUGGAUCGACCUGCAGAGGCUGGAUGGGAUGGGAUACCUGGAGUAUGAUGAUGAGCGGGCACAGCAGGAGGACGCUUUGGCUCAGGCAGCUUUUGAAGAGACCCGACGCAGAACCAGAGACUUUGAAGACAGAGACCGAUCGCACAGAGAGGAUCUGGAGGACCCUGUGGUUUCUAAAAUCUGGGACUGAUGACACACAGACAGACAGCCAGCAGAAAGGAACAGGUCCAGACGACAGCAGGACCCCAGCCCUGGCUCAAACAUGGCCAACGCUGACGUGGAGCACAAGAUGCGCUGAGGUGGAGGAGGGUGGCGAUGAGGAAGGAGUGGAAGGAGGAAGAGGAGGAAACCGGGUGCUGGCAAUCUGUUCACUUUCAACACAAUCAAUAGAAAAGAAAAGCUUUAGACCAAUUGCUCAUCGUUAUUCUAGAAAAGGACUUUUUUUCCAAUGCCAAGAUUAUUUUGAAUAUUUGAAUUGUAGAGGGGAAACAAACUUCCUGAAUUGAUUUGAAUUGAAAGUGAAUAAAAGCCACAGACAAGACGGAUUAAAAGGCAACGACAGACCUUGACAAGAAGUACUUGAACAAAUUUUAAUUCAGAGGAAUGAACAUGGGUGUAUUGUUGACAUAUCCAGAGUCGGAGUAGUUUCUCCAGUGAGACGAGAGUUUCAGAUACAGAAGAUAAAGUUCAGAUGUUUUUUGUCCAGGUCUAAAAAUAUUGAAGGGGGGGGGGGGGUUUGGAUUACCAAAGGUAUAUUUUCUAUUAAUACGAGAGGUUGAAUAUAGAGGCAGAGGAAUUUCGAGGGGGUUAUUAACAGGAGGAGGUGGAGGAGAGACGGAGGCUUGAUUUGGCUCAGGGUCACGAUCAGGGCUCGUUGGUCAGGAUUACGAGUCAGGCAUGUAUCAAAAGUGAAGUGUUGACUGACAACAAAACACUCAGCGUUGUGCAACACCUCACAUUUGUGUGAACGUGCCCUUGUCGCCCCCCCCGCCCCCACUACACCCAGCUCACUUCCUGAAACCUGCUGUUUUCUGAGACCAAAGUUCACUUUGCUGGAGAGGGGAGGGAGGGAGGGGAUUAUAGAGGGGAGGAGAGCGUCCAGAGAGAAAUUUGUGUUUUUGCUGUACUAUAAUUUGAUUGAUUUAUUUUUGCCGUCGCUGUUGUGAAAUCGCCAGAUACAACAGAAAGGCAGCUUCCGACCUCGAGGCGCCAGAGUUCACAAAGAAAACUCCCGAUAUCUGCAGCUCUGGAAGCAAUUGUGGAAAUGAUGAGGUGUUUAUAGUGUUGAGGGAGGGGUGGUCGGGGGGGCUAAAUUCAAAAUGUCCUUUGUCUUCCAAGGGGUUUUGCACUAUGUGAUACAAUCAGUCUUGUUCUCCACAUGGAUUUUUCUUGAUAUGCAUGAAACCAAGCACAGGCCUGCUCUCCUGUGUUCUUCGUCGUUCCCUAUGCAGCUUAUUUAUCUGCAGAGUUUGCUCUGUGCAGCGCUUUGGUCGGGAGGAAGAGGGUGAUUCAAGGCUCCAUCGUCCGGUGCGUCCUCGCAAACAGCAGGGGGCUUAGAUAAAACAGAGAAGAAAAAGCUCAAAACUUUUGUUUCCCACAUUUUGCCUCACGUCGACAUGUUCUCACAUACCUGGAUGUAUGUGUUACUUCAGCCCAGGUGCAUCAUAACAAGUCAUUCCUGUAUUCUGGAACCAUUGACUUCAUUAGAAAGCUGAAGGAAUGAUUACUCCUUUAUAAGCAGGGGAAAAUGCCAAAACCCAAAUAAUUUUUUAAUUGCAUAUUUGAAAAAGCUGAAAACAUGUAUUUUUCUUAUUCAAUAAUUAGAAUGGCCCUCUGAGAGCAUAUACUCUCCACCAAGGCCCAACAGUUCAGUUAUGAAACCACAUUUAAAUUCACUUACUCAUUUCAUCUGCAGUAAAUUGCAAAUAUAAUUUCUUCAAGGUCCUUGAAUUCUUCCCUGGGAAACUGGUGAAAACAAAUUACAGCCUAUCUUUAAAGAAAUUGAGAAAAUGCUUAUCCAGUGAAAAGUUACAUUUAAAUGGAUUCAGCCAGGGACACAUAAUCACAAGCUAUUCAAAAACGCACCAUAAUCAAUAAGCAUUAAUCAUCUCAGAUCAUGAAGACUGUGCCUUCUAUAGAUCUGACUCAGUUAUCGAUGGAUCCGUCAAUCACCCACAGACUCCUCAUCACUGAAGGACUGGAAAAAGCCUGAACGCAUCUGAAUACUAUUCCCUGUCCUGUUUCAGCACUAGUGUAAUGAAAUGCUAUGUCUUCUUCUCUUAUUGUUUUUUGUUUGUGUGAAAGUCAUGAUGUUUACUUUUUAUAUUACUUCUCCUUCUGUACAUGUACUCAUUUUUUUUGUCCAUCUUUCGGCUUCGUUAUGAACCUGUAGUAUCAGCAGUAGGCUGUUUUAUGUUAAGUGGAAAAUAAGAAAAUAUCUCCGGACGUUUGGGAGUUUUAAGGACUAUUGUUGCUUGUUUCUUUUUCAUGUUUUCUUUUCAUUAAUUGUCUUUUUAUUGUUUCGUUUUUUUGUUUAGAUUUUUCUCUCAAGGAAAUCCACUUCCUGGGGUUAAAUACAUUGAAUGUGGAUUCACUCGAGCCCUGUUAUUAAGCGACAUUUUUUAUAUUGUGCAACGAGAAGCUCAUUUAAUUUUUCCAUUGUGUUUUACAUUUACAGCACUCAACGGUUUUAUUAUUAUUAUUAUUAUAACCGAGAAAACUCUUCUGUUCUUGCUUUUGUUUCUCGUCAGUUCGACUUAUAAAGAAGUUUAAGCUUUACAUGAACUAAGAAAACUGUUGUACAUUGUGUUUGUACUGAUUUACUUUAAGUUCUGAAGCUAAGAAAUUUUGUUUUUGCUGGAAACAACCAUUAGAAUUCUAAUUAAAAAGUGAAAGAUGUAUUGAAACUCAAACAAUGUGAUGGAUAUGGUGAUAGCUCCCCAGCUUGAGAGGCUACAGAGAGGUUUUAUUAUUUUCAUAAGACUCAGAAAUUAGAACCAAAGGAAACUAUUAAAAUUGCAAAGCUACGAUUUCUUAACAGCCUCAUUAACAUCCACUAACAAGGUCUCCUCCGGUUUCCCUGCAUCUGCAGCUAAAUCAUCGAGCACAGAGUACAACAAUAACAAUGCAGAGCUGUCACCCUCACAUUCGAAUGCUCCAGGAGGAUAUAAUUGGGGUAACCUCAGGUCAGGAAGUUAAGUUUCUCAUUGGCUUCCUCGGUUGAUGUCUUUCCCACUGAGAUUUAGGGGAGAAGAAGCUGCAAUGCUCCCAUUUCUCUUCUAAUAUAAAGGCAGCUGACCUUGUGACCUGCUGCUUCAUUAAGUUGACGAACAUAGAGAACAUACUUUCUGCCUAGAGGCAGAGUCAGUGGGGUGAAAAGUGGAUUUUUGUGGUUAGGUCGAGUGUGGAUUGUCAAGAAAAGUCCAGCAGGUGAGAAGUGAAGUGACGUUAAUGACGGUGAAUGAAGUGAAUAGUUUUUAAGGAGGCAUGACAUAUGUUGUGAGGUCAGAGAGGAGUCUCAGGUCAAAUUGUGGAAAGAGUCAUAUUUACAGUGGCUGCUAUGUUUCCAUAAGACUGAAUCCUGUGUGCAAGCAGUGGAGGAUAUCAGGGCUCUGACAUCCAUCAAGUGUCGACAGUGGUGCAAACUACAUAUUAAUAUAUUACUGUUCUAUCAGUAUUAACAUUAGUGACACUGACAGAGCACCAAAUAGUGUAGGUGGUACAGCAGGUGACAUAAAUAAAAGGUUUAGGGCUUUUAUAAGUUAUGAGGUAAUUGCUUAUGUGAACUGACAAAAGAGAAUUUUUCAAGUUUACCAACUUGAAUAAUGACUUCAAAUUGUAAGACGCAAUUUAAUUAAAGGUUCAAUGUGUAGAAUGUAGUGACAUCUAGUGGUGACGUUGCAUGUUGCAGGUGAAUACCCCUCACCUCGCCACCUUCCAAAAAUGAAAGAGAACCUGUGGCAGCCUUUAGUUGUCAUUUUAAUAUGGAAAAAAAUACUUCUUGGUAAACUAUUUUCCUAUUUUAGUGUGAAGAUAGGGAAACACAAAUGCGAAGCAAAUAUCACAGGUCAAAGUUCAGCUGCACAUGAUUGGAAGUGACUCACUAAGACAACGGACUCAGCUGUUCACCUGCUACAUGAUUUACUGCAGCGGCCAUCACACUGUGAUGAAUCCUAGAAACAACAUCACCAGCCAUCGUGCGUCUUGUGAAACCUGAGGAGGCAACAAACUCAUACAAGAUAAAGAACAACUUUGUUCUCAGAGCAACAGGUUUCAGCUUGUGGGUCUUGAAGUCCCGUACGAAGACCACAAGCCCAAACAUGUUCGCCUGAGAAUAAAUUUGUUUUUGCAAAUGUAGCUAGAGUGUUGACCCCUUUAAUUCGUCUUUGUGUACCUUGGAAGGAGGUGAAACUGGGUCAGAAUUCAUUAGUCUGAUCCAACCUGGAAACUUAAUGGAUAUAAACCAGUUUUAUUUUGUCAUUAGGAAGUGCCCACAUUGUCGCAAAUGUCCCCAAUACACCAGCCAAGUGUAUUAUUAUUAUUAAUAUUCUUUUAUUCAAUGAUUAUCCACCAUAGUUGAUACUCCAUACUUCAGUUUUCUUAAUGCAGGCAUUAAGAUAUAACAUAAACCACAAUAACGUCUCUUUCUUUUUUGUUUUUUACUGUUUAUCUUCGUAUUCGUGUAAGUUAUUUAUACUUUGGCUUCAUUUAAAGAUUCAAAGAAGAACUCUGUGUUAUGUAAUGGCUUCUGAACACUUUCCUUUCUCUGUGUGUGCGAUCUGUCUUCUCCUCUGUUUUAGGGUUGAGCUUGUCCUCUCGGAGGAAUUUGAAAUAGGAGAAAUUCAAAUUCGAAAUGUUAGAUGUUUUUCUUAAUAAACUCAUAUGAAUUUG